AUGUCUCAACAGAUCAUACUGUACGAUCUGCCAACUCGGGCGCCACGACGAUGCUGGUCUCUCAACCCAUGGAAGACUCGAAUGCUCCUGAACUACAAACGACUGAAUUAUCAGACAGUGUGGGUAGAGUAUCCUGACGUCGAGGCUCUGAUCAAGCCACACACGUCUUCGAUUGCAGUCUGCCCCCGAAUGCUGACGGCAUACCCUACACAAUCCCUACCAUUCAAAUGCCUAGCGGCGAAUGGGUUAUGGACUCAAGAAAGAUUGCAGAGCGUCUUGAGCAGUUGUACCCCAGAGCCAGCGUUGAACAUAGCAACAGAUCCCUAUUUGGCCGAAAUCAAAGAUCUGGCCAACAGGAUUGCAAAGAUUGUCUCUCCGGACUUCAUCCCCAAGAUUGCAAACCGCGUCCUCGGCGAUGAAAGCUUGGGAUACUGGCAUCGAACUAGGGAGGAGUGGUUCGGAGGCCAAAAGCUGGAUAAAGUGGUGGUUGAAAAAGGCGGAACGCAGGUCUAUCAAGAGGCCGGACCACUAGUCAUGCGCGUGACAGAACUCUUGGUCAGUAAUCCUGCCGGUCCGUAUUUUCAGGGCCGAGUUGUCAGCUAUGCAGACUUUAUCUGGGCUAGCUUAUUGCAUUUCUUCGAGAAUUUGGCCGAUGACUCUUUUGAAAUGUUGAUAGGCUCAAAGCCAACUUGUCACGUUGCGCUGCUUGAAGCUUGUCGGCUGUGGUUGGCAAGGAAUGACCAUUAA